UUGUACGGGUCGUCCUGGGAGCGGCUCAAGGGACUGGAUGAGGAGAGGAACCUGUUCCUCCAGCGCAAAGGCGGCGCUCGCUGUGACGCCAGCGGCAGUCGAGACAAUGUUUCAAAUGAUGCUGACUGGGAAUAUGAUGUCGACGUCGAAGCCGACGCCGAUGCUUUUGUUGUCUCUCGAAAGAGGACUCUACGGAGAGCAAUCGCGACCAUCGUGAGCGGUCAGUGUCUCCCGAUUCCGUGCGACGAAGUCUUGCUUUUUAGACUUACCAGUACCGGUAUGCCCACGUCGGAGGUGGAGGUCACGCGUCGCCUCAACUUCGGCUUCCAGAGGAAUCAGUCUCGAGAUCCACGAAGAAGACAACCUGAGAGAGAGAGAUAGGAUGUCCCGCGUCAGGGUGGCGACCCAUGCCGCAGAGCUCCUUCAUCAAAUUGUCGCCGACGAUUGUCAGGGGGCAACAUCGAAGUCCCGACGCCCACGGCUCCCGUUGCACCUCUUAGACCAGCUCCGCGAAGCGGUAGCGGUACAAGAGAGCAAACGGGGGGGCGCGCUCACGCUCCAACACCGGACCCUCGUCGGCGUCGCUCGGUGGGCCGCUGAAGGCUCCGACACAUUGAGCGACCAGAUUACGCUGAGGAAUCUCCUGAGGGGUGCUAUACUUGCGUAUCCUGCCAGACAGAAACCAGAGAGGCCUGCCGAGCUCGUCGAGUCGCUGCGUAAUAUCGAGCUGGCUCAGCAAAGGGCUGAAUACGAGGCCAUGGUAUCCGCACCCUCGCGGGCAAAUCAAAGGGAACAACAAUGGUCCGUUGGCGUGGAGAAUUGGAAGCGAGGGUCUCAUGAGGCAGAGGAAUGGUUGGAGGUGCGCAGACAGCUGAGUGCCAUAGUCAACGUCGGAGUCAGCAUCGUGGCAGUCGCCACCAGCGUAUGGUGGGCCGGCGGAAACAUUGAUCCAAUCUGGAAAACCUUGACUGCACUUUUCCUAAGCUUCCUUACGGCCAUCGCAGAAGUGGUCCUGUACAGUCGGCACUGGGACAAUGCCCGCAAAAGGCGCGCGGCCACCUCCCAUGGGCAAAUGCAAUAGGUUCAUUAUCUCAUUCUCUUUCAUUUCACAAGCUGCGAGGACGCAAUCCUCAUCUCGACUGUGGUGCUGCAGAGCAUCAUGAAGCUGUCCACGUAUCCCCUUCGCCCGUCAUCCUUGUCGGCAUGGUGUCGCUGUGAAAGCAUCGCCAGCCACGAGGCCGUGUGGCAGGGAUGGAGAAAGG